AGCAGAUCCAAUACCGGAAAAUGAUGAAGAAACGGAUGUAACAACUGAUCAAGCUGAAAUUAUUGCUGAAGAGUUUGAUGAAGACGAACAAAUCCAGAUUGCCGACGAUGAUGAUAAUGAAAUUGUAAUGGAUCUAGAAGUAAUGCUAUCUUCAAGAAUCACUGAUGACAAAAACCAACAACCUUUAGAUGGUAUCCUUCAUAGCAAUACAGAUGUGAAUUCGUGGAAACUUGAAGUUGAACGAGUAGCACCACGUCUUAAAGUUACCUUCGAACAGGAUUCAAAAGAUUGGAGAAUGCAUUUAGAACAAAUGCGAUCCUUACAGAAAACAUUAGCAGAAUUGCUAAAUACGACAGAGCCGCAUUUACAAAGUAUUUGUAAUGAGCUUGGCAAAACUAUGGAACGAAUUAGCAGCAGGGAGAAACAUUUCAAUAGCCAAUUGGAAUCUGUAUUGACGAAGUUUUGCCUUGCUAAAGAGAGAAUGAAUGAAGCGAGAGAAAAAUACAAAGAAAUUAGUGGUGGUAUUUCGGAGCGUACCCAAAAAUUGCAACGUGUCAAUGAUGAAUUGGAACAAAUCAAACAACAAAUUGACGAGAAAAGUCUUCGAAAUAGUGAUGGAGCUCCGAUAUUAAAGUUAAAGCAAGCUCUACAAAAGAUGGAAUCAGAAAUUCUCACAAUGAAUGUUCAAAUUAGCGUCAUCGAGCAAUCUCUCCUACAAAGUCAACUCAAAAAUCGAGCCGCAUAUAAUGCUUACUUUCAGGAUUUGCAUACUUAA